CAUAAGCGUGGCGGGGCAUGGUUUGGCACCAGAUCACGCCAGAUGGACUUGACGACAUGAACCUCGAGGCAGCCGUCAACCUGCCAAGGCCCGGCCACGCUGGUGCGACGCCGACUUCCUGCCCUCCCAGCGGGCGUUCCCCUGGAAGACCCUGAGUCACGAGGGGCCGUCACCGCAGCCCGCGAGGUACCGCUCUAACCAGCGUCGGACAUGGGAUAAUUACAGCACAUCCUGUGGGUCGGAGGACGCCCGAGCCCCCGGAAAAGGGAGGAAAUCAUGGGAAGUGCAGAUCAAGGCAGGUGCAUGCACGUAAUGUGGUGGAUGCCUUGUUACGGUAACGCGAGACGUCCCCAGAGAUGUGCGGCUUAGCUCGUGUGUCCCGCUGUCAUUGUGUGAGAGGAGAAAGGAGAGCGCGGACAAUGAGGGGAACACAAAAGAGUGGAAUAGCACGAGGAAGGUGACCGUGGAGCAUGGAUGAUGUAAUAGAAAUCACCAGGUUGACACAGGCGGGGAAUAAACUGGUGCUGGUGUUUUGACUUAAAUCAAUCAGCACUAAUAACAUUUUGGUCGUCAGACAGGAGACAAGCCUGUUUUCUGUAGUGCAAAUGUGCCAUUUUGGAGAUAAAAGGUUUCCACCUGACAGUAAUGAUAUUCAUUCGUCAUCCCUGAGGUGGAAAUGUGGCACAGACUCGUAAAAAAAAAAAAAAAAAAAAAAAAGCUGAAGAUGCCGAAGGUUUCUGCAAAACGUGCGACAGCAACUGUGAAAACUGGAGGGAAACAGAGAAAGGUGCGGAACGUGGUGCGCACGCAUUCGAGACUGCUCAACAUGAACACGGCGUCACAUUAAGUAGCAUGUUAUGAUGGAGGCGUCUAAUGUGUCACAGAGGCACGAGCAGUGAUUUACCUUCCGGGCGUCUCAGAUUCCGCGUCACACUAAAUAAUGGAAUCAUAUCAGUGAAUGGGAGCGCCGAACGCCCCUCCCCCCUGGAAUCGCUCUGCUCCGGGAGCCAAUCACAGCUCUGUAUCCUGUCGACGGCCCCGGGGAAGCCCCUCCUCCUCCUCUCUGUGCUCAUAUAGUCUAUGGGCAUCGGCAUCACAACACACACUCACCAUGCUGCUGGAGGCAAGGCAGCACUAAAACCACUCACCCAUUGAGGAAGACUACAAAUAGAGGCUCGCCGUCUCUUCCACAUGCAGGCACAUGCUGGCGCGUGUUGAGAGCAGCGAAAGCGUCAGCGGCGAGCCUCCCCUGCGCCGAGAGCCCCACGAGCAGCUUUAGAGAAACCCCCUGCAGCGUCACGAGCGCCAACAGCCGACGCUCGGAGGACCCGCCAUGGGCUGCUCCUCAGGCCGCCAGCCGCCGGCCCCGGUCCUGCACCCGGACCUGGAUUGUGGCAACAACGGCGACGCCGCCUCCAUUCCCCAGGACUCUGAGAACCAGCACCAGGCGCUGAACGGGCUCGGAGAGGGGGGGGAGCGGGACGAAGGCGUUGGGAGGGAUCAGUGUAAGAUGCCAGAGUCCCUCCCGACUCUGGAGAGGCUGGCCCAGGCCACGGGGGGGACCGAGAAGUCCUGGUACCGCUGCGUGUUCCCGUUCGGCGUCAUAUCGCUGGUGAUCGGCAUGGCGGGCACGGGGGUGACGUUCACCUUCAACACGCUGUUCCAGACCAAAUUAGUGUCCGUGGCGCUGCUCUGUGUCGGCGUGGUGAUGCUGCUGGUGGCAGCUGUUUGCUGGAGGGCCCACCGACUGAGGAGGAGGAAGAAGAAGGAGGGCGGAUUCUUCACGGCCGAUCAGGGCACCUUGUGACGCAAAGUGGACUCAGUUCGGACUUUUUCAAUGAGGUGUCGGGACGAGGAGAUUGUCUCUCUCGCAGGUGGAGAGUAGAUGAGAUGAGUGGUGUAAAAAAUGUAACAAUUCCACCCAACCAUCCUGAGCUGGUACAGAGUAACGCAUGCAUCACACUUAAAACGCCCCCUCUUCGAGGAUUCACUUGGGGUUUUAGCGGAGAACAGAGCUCAGAGCUCAUCAUAGAUGAUGGCUCCAAGGUCAGCGUCAGUGCGUCAGGGACAUGCUCGAAUGUUAGGCACCUCAGGAAUAGUUAUUAAACACCCGCUGAUCCUCCGCCUGCAGCUCGACGGGGACGCAGCCCCCCUAAAGAGGCGUGUCUGUGCUGGAAAGGAGGCGUCAUCAGCGUACAGAUGACCACAACCUGGCAACCCAGCCUGUGUAAACCUGAGUCUGACUUGCUAAAUGCAAUUUAGAAUUUUCCUUUAUUGCAAAACUACAGCUGAGUUCCCCCCCCCCCCCCCCCCCCCCCCCCCCACGUACGAACAGCUCUAGUGGUGGAGAGUCCGACGCGCACAAAGCCAAGUUGCUCAGAGUUAAAGGAGGCGGACAGGUUCUAUACGCAUGCAACCACCAGUUCCCGUUGACACCCCGCCUUCCGGCCACCAGGCUUUGAGGUCAAUACCCGAGGUCCAACUGUGCCUGAUCAGUAGAAAGUAUUAGGCGUCGGGCGGAAUCGACUGCAUUUUCAGUGGCUGUAGAUGAAAGCCUUUCCCUCCAGGACGCUUGAUUCUUUUUCUAGACGACUUGUCCAUCAUGCAACAAGGAAAUCCCAUUAGAGGCAUAUCUCUCUAAACCCCCCACCUGAGUCUCCCGAUUCCCACCAGUGGGCGUUUUGGUGGGAAACAACGAGGGGAAUCAAUUCCUCUCCGCUUUGUUUCCAGUUCACCACAAAUAGUUCACAGCGAUGUUUUAAGACUGAAUAUGAGACGUGGACAUUAGGUUGACUCCUCCCUGGACCAGACUGUGUUUAACUAAUUGUCCCUCACCCAUUAAUAUAGGCUGUUCAAUCGGUAGCUAAUGUAACCUGCUGUUUUAAUGCUGUUGUACUAAGUAUUGUACUUGAACACCAUACAUGGGGUAAAAACAAACGACGUGGUUCUCCUAAACGGAGCAAAAGCUUUCACCUCCCUCCUAAUUGUUGCCGUUAAAUGUAGCAGUGAGUGUAGCCAUGUUAAGUGUGUUAACGUGUGGUUCUUAGCAGCAGGUGGCGGCUUUGGAGGACGACCCAGCAGCUUCUUCUCAGCUGUAGCUACAGUCUGUUUUCAUACUGGACCGGGGGUUUCCUGGGCCUCACACGGUCCUUUCUGUGUGAGGAGUUACUAAAGCGAUCACGUUGGGCAGCAAAGUGACACAGUCCCUGGGCGUUAGCUUCCAGCAUCCUCUCCAGCCUCACCGGGCGCUCCAGCCUUUCGUGUAUCAAACAUCGCCGUACCCAGAUGUUUGGGUGCUCCUAGGCACGUUGCACAUCUGGUUGAUUUUGAUGUGAAAAGAAGUAAAUGCAGUUCAUGUGAAGGACAAGAGUUCAGCUUUUUUAUAAGUGUUAAUAUGCUAUUGUUUCUUACGCCUUAAUCAUGGGAGAAUCACAAGUAAUUAUGUGAAUUAAUUAACUCGUCAUCUUGUGCGAUGGCUCAUGAAAUAUUGGUUUUUAGCUCUUCAAACCCCGUGGCACCCAUGUUCUUCUCUAAGCAAAUGAUUGUCUUUCUAUCAGGUACAAUUAUUAAGUCAUUGCAAGUAACAGAAGUGAACUCUCAAAUAAAACUGCACAUGUGCUUUAUAAAUCAUAUGUAUUAUUAAAGCACUGUAACUACUGUGUCUAAGAGCGUAGCCACUUUUCAGAUUGUACCUCCAGCAGCACAUCCCUGUACAGAAUGUACAUGCUAUUUAUGUAUCUUCACUUCGGAGCAGACAGACAUGCAGCAGUCGCUUCACUGCUGGCUUUAUUUCUGGAUCUCCUGCUGUAACCAAGUGUGUGGCCGUGAGUGUAAAUUCAAAAUGGGACCAAUCUACCACUGGAAACUGUCAGGUUCUAUUAAAAUGGAGCACACAUUACCGUUGCCGGUGUUUACAUUUCAUAUUGUAUUUUCUUUGAAGCCCAGUGUGCGUAAUGGUUAAGAUCCUCAUGGUUUUGGAGUGAAACUGUUAGGUGGUUUAGGUAGUUGUGGUCCACUUGCUUCUUCGGCAUGGCCCAGCUUUUCUUGGAGUGCCUUUGACUUGCUGCAUCAGUGUGUCUCUGUAAGGUGUGCAUUCGUGCCGGUGCCACGAAUAGAGUAGCCUGAUGUGUCGAGUUUUAGUCUUCAUGACUUUUGCAUGAAAAGUCUAACUUUGAUAAAGUUCUUUUAGUAAGAUCGAUUAUAUUUACUGUACUAUGAAGUCUGUUCUUUGUUUCUUUACCUGUUUUACUGUAAGAUACUGGAUUAAAUUCAAAACUUGA